AUGUUGAUCAGUGUUGGUAUAUUUUUCUUAAUUAUUGCUAUAAUCUUGACUAUAGUACCAAUUUUACAUAAACGAUAUGUUAAAAAUCAAUCUAGGUACUUGGGCAAUGUGCCAGGGCCCAAACCGAAUGCAUAUAUUGGUAAUUUGAAUUUAUUCUUAGGAAAAUCUAUUGAAGAAUACUUGGACAUAAUUUCAAAUGUUUUUAAAGAAAAUGGAAAUAUAAUAAAAAUUUACAGAGGACCUUUAGCAACAGUGGUGUUAGUGGCAGACGAAGGUCUUCUAGAAUAUAUUUUAAGUUCCAACAAACUUAUUAACAAAUCCAAAGAAUAUAAAUACUUAGAGAAUUGGUUGGGAACAGGACUACUAACUAGUGGAGGUCAAAAAUGGAAAACUCACAGAAAAAUGCUAACACCAGCAUUUCAUUUUUCCAUUUUAGAAAACUUUGUUGGAAUUUUCGAAGAGUUAGGACAAGAUUUUAUCAAAAAGUUAUCAAGUAAUGCUAAUAAGCCAUCGUUUGAUAUAUACCCCUUGGUGAAGUUAUUGACGUUAGAUAUUAUAUGUGAAACUGCGAUGGGUGUGAAAAUAAAUGCUCAAACGUACGAAAAUUCAGCAUAUGUGCAAUCUGUUAAAAAUAUUUGUUCAUUAAUUCACCAGAAAAUGUUCUCUAUUGCUGUAGCGAUUAGCCAUCAUCUACAUCCUUUGACUAUCAAUUACUACAAAGAGAAAAUUGUCUUGAAGACACUUCACAAUUACACUGAUCAAGUAAUUGCUAAAAGAUGUGAGGAUUUGCGGGGUGUUAUUAAGGACAAAAGAGAUGAAAACGGAAUAAAAAAGAAAAUAGCGUUUUUAGAUUUAUUACUCAGCGCCAACUCCAAUGACCGGUUUCUUUCAAGAAAGGAUAUAAGAGAAGAAGUUGAUACUUUUAUGUUCGAGGGCCAUGAUACCGUAUCGUCAGCCAUUUCGUUUACUCUUUACGCUUUAGCUAAUAACGCUCAAGUUCAGGAAAAAGCCAUUAACGAACAAAGAAACAUGUUCAGUGAUUUUAAAAAUGCAAAACCGACUAUGACCAAUCUAAACGAAAUGAAAUACUUGGAACUAGUAAUAAAAGAAACGCUAAGAUUGUUUCCUCCUGUACCGAUGUUUGGCAGACUGGUAGACGAGGAAUUUGAAUGGAACAAUAUUGUAUUUCCAAAGGGACAGGAAAUAACUAUGUUUCCAUUUAUAUGUCAUCGAAAUCCAGCAUAUUUCCGAGAACCACUUAAAUUUAUACCCGAGAGAUUCGAAACAAUGUCCGGUAAACAUCCCUAUACGUAUAUACCUUUCAGCGCUGGAGCAAGAAAUUGCAUAGGUCAAAAGUUUGCCAUGUUAGAAUUAAAGAGCGUGGUGUCUAAAAUUUUACGGCAUUAUGAGUUAUUACCAGCUGCAAAUUUUACAAUCAAGCUUGCCCCAGAAUUAAUUUUAAUAUCAAAAUCUGGUGUAUAUUUGUCAAUUAAAGAACGAACUUAA